AAGAAGGGCCUCUACUUGUUGUCCUUACCCCCAAAAGAACCAAAUUCCUCUAUUUUGAUAGGACUUCCACUGUUCCACUUUCGUACGCUAAGCCUACGCUUUCCUUUAUUCCAACCUCGCACACUCGAGCGCGCACUCACUCACUGCCCCGGUCGCCGGCGCCGCGCUGUUCCUCUAUUGCUGCACUGCCUACGAUAGUACAGCAGUCGAAUAGGUUGUAGAAAUCAAAGCAGUAAUAAAUAAUACUAAUAAUAUGGGGAUUACUCAACGCCUAAAGUCAAGCCUCCCUCUCUUUCGUAGACUCACUCCCCUAAAAUCCAACACUCAAACCUCUCCCUUUCCACCGCACAGGAGCUUCACUUCUUCUGCUCCUACAAAGAAGGACAAUGUAAAGGGAAGAUUGCUGACAGGAGCAACAAUAGGCUUAAUUAUUGCAGGAGGAGCAUAUGUUAGUACAGUGGAUGAAGCAACAUUCUGUGGUUGGCUGUUUUCAGCGACAAAACUUGUGAAUCCAUUCUUUGCCCUGUUGGAUCCAGAAGUUGCUCAUACACUGGCUGUCUCAGCAGCUGCUCGUGGAUGGGUUCCUAGAGAAAAAAGGCCAGAUCCUUCCAUACUAGGACUGGAAGUAUGGGGAAGAAAAUUCUCAAAUCCAGUUGGUCUUGCUGCUGGAUUUGAUAAAAAUGCUGAGGCUGUUGAAGGUCUGCUUGGUCUAGGUUUUGGUUUUGUAGAAGUUGGUUCUGUCACUCCUAUUCCACAGGAGGGUAAUCCAAAGCCUCGUAUCUUCAGAUUGCGGGAGGAACUUGCAAUCAUUAACCGUUGUGGCUUUAAUAGUGAGGGUAUACAAGCUGUUGCUAAACGUUUAGGUGCACAGCAUGGGAAGAGGAAGUUGGAUGAGACUUCUAACACUUCAACAGCUGAGGGGAAACCUGGAGGAAAGGCUGGACCAGGGAUUCUUGGUGUCAACCUUGGCAAGAACAAGAUCAGCGAAGAUGCUGCUAAUGACUAUGUCCAAGGAGUGCACACACUAUCCCAGUAUGCAGAUUACCUGGUGAUCAAUGUAUCAUCACCAAAUACUCCUGGACUACGCCAGCUUCAAGGAAGAAAACAGCUUAAGGAUCUUGUAAAGAAGGUUCAAGCUGCUCGAGAUGAAAUGCAAUGGGGAGAUGAAGGUCCACCACCGCUGCUUGUGAAAAUUGCCCCAGAUUUGUCUAAACAGGAUCUUGAAGACAUUGCUGCGGUUGCUCUUGCUCUCCAAGUAGAUGGACUGAUUAUAUCAAAUACGACUAUCUCAAGACCCGACUCUGUCAGCCAGAAUCCUCUAUCCCAGGAAGUCGGUGGAUUGAGCGGGAAGCCUGUGUUCAAUUUGUCAACCAGCGUCCUGAGGGAAAUGUAUAUUUUAACAAGGGGGAGGAUCCCUUUGAUCGGCUGUGGUGGUGUUGGCAGUGGUGAAGAGGCAUACAAGAAAAUACGUUCAGGAGCUACACUAGUUCAGCUCUACACUGCAUUUGCAUAUGGAGGACCUGCCCUUAUUCCUCAGAUAAAGGCUGAAUUGGCUGAAUGCUUGGAGAGGGAUGGCUACAAGUCAGUCAACGAAGCUGUUGGUGCUGACUGCAUCUAAUUUUUUGGUGUGACUGAAUGAGAAGCAAGAGAGCUACCCUGAGCUGCCAGUCGUGACUUUCUUAGAUUCUAAAGAAUAAACAAGAAAGUUCAUCGACUCUAUAUCGCUGAGAUGAUCUGGUAUGUAGGCAGAAGGCAAGUCGCGGACAAAAAAGAACUCAACAAGUCAAUAUACAGCGGUCAUUUAUUGUAUUUUACAUUUUUCCUAUCGCGAGUUAAUUUUUUAGCGCAUACUGAGAAUGCUUCGUGUUUUCUUCUUCAACAUUCUUGUUGGGUCCGGGGAUCGUCGCUCAUACUGCAUCGUGGAUCCUUCAGAUACCUGAGAACUUACUGAAUGAUGUAUCAGAUUUGGACUUGGGAAUUUGUUUUUUUUUUUUUUGCGUUGAGAAUAUGGAUGUGGGAAAUUUUGAUAGCAAUAUGUAAAGUUUUAUUACAGUAUAACUAAGGUUCAUAUCAAGGAUUCUAACUAGCUCAAAGAGUUGAAGAGAACUGUGGAAGGAUUUGUGAAAUAAGUGAACAUUUGUUGUCUUUGGUGCAUCAUGCAUGUGGAGAUGAGCCGAUAUUAUCGACAGAUAUUAUUGUAAUAGCUUUGGCACAUAUCCUCGAAGAUCACCAUUUUUGCGUUAAUGCAACUUCAAUUUACCUCUGCAGAAGCCAGAGGGGUUAAUUAUGUA